CAAUUCACUGGAUUUCACUUACCACGACCACGAUGCCAUGACGUGGUACUUGCGCAGCGUGGCAGCGACGUACCCAAACCUGACAGCCCUGUACUCAAUUGGGACCAGCGUGCAGGGUCGUGAGCUAUGGGUGCUGGUACUGUCAUCCUCCCCUUAUCGCCCCAUCGUAGGCCAGCCAAACGUCAAGUAUGUGGGCAACAUGCAUGGCAACGAAGCCGUGGGCAGAGAGAUGUUGCUGCACCUCAUACAGCACCUGGUGACGCAGUACCAACAUGAUACAUACGUACGCUGGCUGCUGGACAACACGCGGAUUCACAUCAUGCCCUCACUUAACCCCGACGGCUUCUCUGUCGCCAAGGAGGGAACCUGCCAAGGAGGACAGGGCAGGUACAACUCGCAGGGGUUUGACCUAAACCGCAACUUCCCCGACUACUUCAAGUCGAGCAACAAAAACAGCCAGGCGGAGACAGAGGCUGUGAAGCUCUGGAUUGCCCGCAUACAGUUCGUCAUCUCCGCAAACUUGCACGGGGGGGCUUUGGUUGCUUCCUACCCUUUCGACAACUCCCCCAACACCCGCCCUGGCACGGAGGACUGUCACCGCAAGCCGCUCUGUGGAGUGUUCCAGCAAUUCUACUCGAGUCCGUCACUCACCCCCGACGACGACGUCUUCAGGCAUUUGGCGUCUACCUACUCUUUCAACCACGCGACCAUGCACCUUGGCCUCCCCUGCAAGCCUGGGGCCUCUGCCUUCCCCAAUGGCACGACCAACGGGGCUCAGUGGUACCCCCUAACUGGCGGCAUGCAGGACUAUCACUACGUCUGGCAUGGCUGCAUGGACAUCACGCUCGAGAUCUCUUGCUGCAAAUAUCCUCGCGAGACGAAGCUGCGUGACUUUUGGCGUGACAAUAAGAAGGCUCUGGUGCGGUACCUGGGUGAGGUCCACCGUGGAGUGCGGGGGUUUGUGAUGGACCCUCAAGGCAAUCCCAUUGAAGACGCUGCCCUCAAGAUCACGGGGCGUGACGUGGGCUUCACGAGCACCAAAUAUGGAGAGUACUGGCGUGUGCUCCUGCCGGGGAGCUACAAAAUAGAGGCGUACGCUGAAGGCUUCCUGCCUCGUCAAGACGAAUUCUACGUUGAAGAAAGCAAUCCAACUCUGCUGAACAUAACGCUCUUCCCCGACCACCGUAACGAGUCCCCCAGCCCCCCGAGCAGCAGUGGGGGGCGCCCCGCGGGAGGGCUGAUGUCAGCCGCGUCCUCCGACGUGGUAGCGCACCAAGAAAUCCGCCGCCGCCCUGUAAACUUCGUGGGCGGACCAAACACGCUCCAGGGCUCAGCACCUCAACGCGAGGGCGCAUUGGGGGGCAUAGCCAACCUGCUGGGGAGCGUCAGCAGCAGAGUGUCCAACUUCUUCAGCAGCCUCGGAUGAUGGCAGAGGUCAAACUUCAGCUCGUAGUGAAGAUGGUGGUAGAGGGACCAACUUCUUCAACAGCAUGGGAUGAUGGCGACAGAGCGACCACAUCAGUCUAGUGCAAUUAGCAUUGAAUAUUUAGAACAGAUGAAGUUUGUCUGCGUUUGUAACCACUUUCUUUGUAGCACUUAUGUCACUUGCUCAAUGUCUCCUUCAUAUCACUCGCUCCAUGUCACUUCCAUUUUCGACAUUUUUGUGAGGCAAACUUUUUGAAGAGGUGGACUGUCGAAACAACGAAGCCAUUAGUGCCAGGAAUUUGUUCCCAAUUUUGUAAAACCUUCAAAACGACAGCCCGCGCUGUGCGUGGUAAUGAUGGACCUUUCUGGCCUUAGCUGCCUGAACGUGGCUUGUCAAGCAAUAUUUAGAUACUACUUUCAAAAAGGUUAUUUAUUUUGAGACAGAGAAUUAUGUAAAUGUUACCGAUAGAGACCUGAAUUUAGGUAGUUUUAGAUGAGUUACCCAGACAUAAUCAGCAGUUGAUUGUCUAGUGAUUGUUAAAGUAGGUAUAGAUGGUAUAGAUAACACUAGUUGAUGUGUAGUUCGUAGCUGCAAGGAGCACACUUCUGUUAAUUGUGGUAUCACGCGACCAACGAUGCCCUCAGAGGAGAACAAGCUUUCUGCCAGGGGCCAUCGUUAAAGUCAAAUUUGUCGCCGAAAUGAGCGCAUAUUUAAAUCCAUUACCCGAUCACGUGGUGCGUUUUGUCUUUUUUAAGGAAAAAUUGUCAUUGAAUGUGUCAACGCACGUGACCAGUGGGUAAGAUGUAGAUCACGGCACCUAAGGGUAAAAUUAAGUAAAAAACGAAGGGGUAAAAUGUAGGUAGAAAGACCAGGAGGUAAAACGCCGUCUCGUAAACAUGGGAUAAAAUAUUGGUCACUAGAUCAAAGGAUUAAUGAAGAUACGUUACCGUCACAUUAUCGGUCAUUUAUGUGGGAAUGGAAUACAUAAAUAAUAUUAUUCGUGGCAAUAUUGAAUGUUAAUGUAGUGUUAUUAUUAACGUUAUAAGCGGUAAGAUCCAUAUUAUUGUUUGUCACGUUGUGUGUAGCACCGAAUUGACAGUUCCAAGUUGAUUGCAGUGCGGCCACAUGGUGAGCUGCGCCAGUCACUUACCAUUACAUUAAACACACUUAA